AUGUCGACUAUUCCUUCAUUCGAGAUCAAGUACUUCCACCAUGGACGAUUCAAAGUCGCCGGAGGGGUACUUCCGGAUGCCGUCACUGCGUAUCAGACGUUUGGCAACCCCGCGAAUCCUUGCAUCGUCUUCCCAACAUGCUACGGCGCACAGCUGAGACUUGAUAGCCAGCUUUACCUUGUCGGUGAAGAUAAGGCUCUCGAUCCUAGGAAGUACUUCAUAGUGACGUUCGCCCUGUUCUGCAAUGGAGAGUCGUCAUCACCGUCUAACACACAACCGCCGUACAACGGACCCUACUUCCCCUUGGUGUCAUAUGAAGAUAACAUUCGUGCGCAGUAUGCGGUGUUACAGAGCCUCGGCGUGAACAAGGUGUACUGUGCCAUCGGAUUUUCCAUGGGUGGUCAACAGCCCGCACAACAAAUGGUGAACGUUGAGGAGCUAGACGUCAAGGACGAUUGCAACUCAUGGCAUCAUCACAGCUUCCUCGAGGGCCCGAAGAAUGCGAUGAAGGCGGCGAAGGACUUCGAUGACGGCCACUACAAGAGUACUCCUCAGCACGCUAUCAGAGCCUUCGGUCGGGCGUACAGCGCUUGGGCUAUGGACAGGCGAUACAACGGCCUCUAUCCCACAAUGGAAGCCUGGCUUCGUGAAGCUUGGGAGGGGCGCUACAUCAUGUAUUGGGACGCGAACGACAUGAUUGCGCUGCUCCUCACCUGGCAGAACGGAGACGUCUCCGUUGUCCGUGAUGGCGGGGAUUUCGAGACCUGUCUGCGUUCUAUCAAGGCGAAGGCGUUGAUCAUGCCCUGCAAAACAGACCUGUAUUUCUGCCCCGAGGACAGCGAAGUCGAGGUCUCUCUGCUUCAGGAUGCGAGGCUCACUGUGAUUGACAGUGUAUGGGGUCAUGUUGCGGGAGGCAGCGCCAACCCAACUGACGUCCAAUUUAUAACUGCGAAGAUCAAAGAGUUUUUGAAUUAG